AUGGUCCGCGGUCAGAAAGUGGACACGUCUAGCAGUGGUGUGCUUUUGUACUUGACGAACAUCGAGUUCCGUGAAUGUUUUGGAAGUGUGUAUGUCUUGCCCCGAUAUGACCAAUGUGCAAAUGUGAGUGUGUCGUGCAAGAGCCAGUCACGGUAG